GAUGAAGAUACAUCGUGCUAUAUUGGUCGUGACGUUCUUUGUCAUGAUGAAGACCGCAGUUUCCCAGGACAAUGAUCCGAUGGCUCACUGCAGGGACGUGUUCGUAAAUUUCAUGCCGUGCAUGGGCUUCGUCGAGGGAAUAUUCCAACAACCUUCUCCAGAUUGCUGCAGAGGCGUGACCCACUUGAACAACAUCGUCAAGUUCACGUCUCCAGGAUCGAGGAAUAGGCAGGACAGUGGAGAAACAGAGAGAGUGUGUCUGUGCAUAGAGAUAAUGGGAAAUGCAAAUCAUCUUCCUUUUCUUCCCGCUGCCAUUAAUAACCUUCCUCUCCGUUGUUCUCUUACUCUCAGCUUUCCCAUCUCCGUUGCUAUGGACUGUUCUCAGCUCAGAAACACCAAGAAUCCCGACAUGCAUCGUGCUCUAUUGCUUAUGACACUAAUCACGUCCGCGGUUUCCAUGAGUGAAGAAGAGCAUUGCAGGGACAUGUUCGAGAGCUUUAUUAAAGGAAUAUCUCUGGAACCUUCUCCACAGUAUUGUAGAGGAGUGAGCCGCUUUAAUAACGUCCUCAAGCUCACGUCUCCAAUUACUUUGCAGGGAUUGACGAAGAAAAAAAGGAAGGGGAAAAUAGGGGGACGGUGUGAUUGCCCGGAAUUAGAUAGUCAGAGGAAUCGUCUCAAAGCUUUCUCAGAAAUGGCAGGCAGUAAUAUUCUCCAUAAGAUUAAGUUAAAGGCUGGGUUCUGUGGAUCCGCUCCUGACAUGGGAAGAGGCAAAAGCAAGAUGUGGAAGAACAUCACCCACGGUUUUCACUGUGUGAAGGGCAAGUCCAGCCAUCCAAUGGAGGAUUAUGUAGUGUCUGAAUUCAAGAAACUUGAAGGGCAUGAAUUGGGCUUGUUUGCCAUUUUUGAUGGUCACUUGGGUCAUGAUGUGGCUAAAUACUUGCAGACUAAUCUCUUUGACAACAUUCUUAAAGAGAAGGAUUUUUGGACUGACACAGAGAAUGCUAUAAGGAAUGCGUACAGAUCAACAGAUGCUGUGAUAUUGCAGCAGUCCCUUAAGCUUGGUAAAGGCGGAUCAACCGCUGUAACGGGAAUUUUGAUCGACGGUCAAAAGCUAGUUGUUGCUAAUGUUGGAGACUCCAGAGCAGUGAUGUCUAAGAAUGGUGUUGCGCAUCAGCUCUCAGUCGAUCAUGAACCAAGCAAGGAGAAAAAAGAAAUAGAGAGCCGAGGCGGCUUUGUAUCCAAUAUUCCAGGGGAUGUUCCACGAGUUGAUGGACAGUUAGCGGUUGCAAGAGCAUUUGGAGAUAAGAGCUUAAAGAUACAUCUGAGCUCAGAACCGGACAUAACACACCAGACAAUUGAUGAUCACACUGAAUUCAUCCUUUUCGCCAGCGAUGGUAUUUGGAAAGUAUUAUCGAACCAAGAAGCGGUUGAUGCUAUCAAGAGUAUCAAAGAUCCGCAUGCAGCUGCAAAGCACUUGAUAGAGGAAGCUAUAUCUAGGAAGAGCAAAGACGACAUCUCCUGUAUCGUUGUAAAGUUCCACUAAUCUUUUCUUUCCGAAAGCUUUUUAUUUGUCUAUAAGUUACCAUAUCAAGUUUGCAAGAUAGAGAAAUAUAUGCUCAAGCUGUGU